AUGUCGCUGGUGCACGGUGAUGACAGGUUGGACAUGGAGUUUGAGACAGGGGAGCGACUGAUCCGGCCAGGAGGGCAAGAAUCUGGUGAACGAGCAGGGGGAAAGUUCGCUCCUGGGCUCGAUAAGAGGGAGGAAGGGCAGAGCGAGACCCCUAAGAAGCCUCUAGGCAUCCGAGCCUCCGCCGAGCCUGAACCAUCCCAAACCUCCGACUCUUCAUCCACGUCAGCAGUGAAGGAGCCAGCAGCUGGCAAGGCAGCAGCUGGCAAGCCAGCGGCCGGCAAGGGGUUCGGGAAGGCGCCGCAGCAGCCGGCAGUGGUUCGGCGGCCGGCGCCGUCUCAGCCGUUGCUGUCGACUCGGCCGGUGGGCGAGGAGGAGAAGAAGGCGGCGGAGAUCGAGACGGCCGUGGUGGCUUCCUUAGGGUUCGUCUUCCUCCUCAUCAUCCUCGAAGGGUUGUUUCUCGCCGCUGCCGGUGCGUGCAAUGCGGGGGACUUGUGUGUGGGGGGGGUUGUGGGGGGGGGGGGGAGGUGGGGCUGGGAGGGGGAAGGGAAGAGGAAGGGGAGGGGGCGUGGGGGGUGCUUGUGGGGAUGGCGGGGUUGGUCGGGCGGGCUGAUAUGGCGCCCUAUCGAGACGGCCGUGGUGGCGUCCUUAGGGUUCGUCUUCCUCCUCAUCGUCCUCGAAAGGCUCUUUCUCGCCGCCGCCGGUGAGUGCAGUGCAGGAAAAUGGGAGGGGGAGACUUGGACGUCGGGGAGGAGAAGGGGGGGAAAGGAACAGGAAGGGGAGGGGGUGUGGGGGGGCAUUGAGGGUGUGGCAGGGCUUCCUAUCGGAGGAGCUGGGUCACAUGGCAAUAGACCUGGUGUAUCCCGCCUUCUCUCCAUACCAUCUCAUCGCCCCAAACCUCUCCCCACCCGGUUCACCCCACCCUGCCCCUGUGCAGGCUUCCUAUCGGAGGAGCUGGAUCAGCUGGCAAUGGAUCUCGUGUAUCCCGCUUUCUCCCCCACCGUGGCUGUUUUCCUCCUGGGCGCCACAGCCUAUGGUGCCUUCAAGGUCAUCGGCAUCGGUGGCAAGAAGCAAUAA